CAAGUUAGUACGUUUUUAAAUUUGAUAGGAGACGUACGCGUGUCAACCGUUAGCAGACGUCAUUUCUUUUAAGAUGUCAAAGCUGUUAACUAUCGUAGCAGCUGUCGUCACUGUUGUGAUAGCAUGGAUUCUACUCAGCCCAAGUCCGAAGCCGCCAGUGUUCGACCCUGAGGAGUGGUGGGGGCCAAUAGAGAUGAAGGGGAAACAGGAUACCAGUAUACGACCGUUUACUAUUAAAUUUGAUGAUGCUAUGAUCAAAGAUUUAAAGCAACGCUUAAAAGCACACCGUCCAUUAACACCGCCUCUAGAAGGUAUCGCCUUUGAAUACGGAUUCAACACCAAUGAAUUGGAAGUCUACUUAAAGUACUGGGCGGAGGAGUAUCCUUUUAAAGAGAGGGAAAAGGCUCUGAAUCAGUUCCCACAGUUCAAGACAAACAUUCAGGGUCUUGACAUUCACUUUUUAAGGGUCACGCCAAAGGUACCCGCUGGUGUAUCGGUCGUUCCAUUAUUGAUACUUCAUGGUUGGCCGGGAUCUGUAAGAGAGUUCUAUGAAGUCAUUCCCUUGUUGACGAAGCAAAGACCAGGAUAUGACUUCGUGUUUGAAGUAAUUGCGCCCAGUAUGCCAGGUUUUGGAUUUUCUGAUGGAGCUGUACGUCCAGGAAUGGCACCCGCGCAGAUUGCAGUCAUUUACAGAAACCUAAUGCAUAGACUUGGCUUCAAGAAGUUUUACAUCCAGGGCGGGAACUGGGGAUCGGGUAUCGCAGCCGCCAUGGACACUUUGUACCCUGAAGCAGUACUUGGACAUCACGAUAAUGGAGUUUUUGUUCAAUCAAGCGCUGCAACACGUAAGAUGAUCCUUGGAGCAUUCUUCCCGUCGCUGGUCGUGGAGCCACAUUUAGCUGAUCGCCUGUACCCCUUGUCUUGGCUAUUCUCAUUUGCUAUGGAGGAAUUCGCCUACCUACAUCUCCAUGCGACCAAACCUGACACUGUCGGAGUUAGUUUAUCGGACUCUCCAUCUGGUUUGGCUGCCUAUAUCCUGGAGAAGUUCUCCACCUGGACCAAUCGCGCUCAUCGCUCGCUACCUGAUGGAGGACUUAAGAAGUUCAGCAAAGAGCAGCUCAUUGAUAACCUGAUGAUCUACUGGACUUCAAACUCUAUUAAUAGUGCGAUCAGAAUCUACGCGAAUGCUCUCAGCAAGAAGUAUUUGGAAUUAGAUAUGGAUUCCUACCCCACAAAAGUACCGAUAUGGGUGAUGCAAGCAAAACACGAGUUAUUCUACAUGCCUCCGAGUAUAGUUGAGACAAAGUUCACCAACGUUUUGAACUACACCGUUUUAGACUAUGGCGGUCACUUCAUCGCCUUGGAACUACCUGAAGUAUUAGCUGAUGAUCUCUUCAAAGCUGUUAAAGCUUUCAGAAAUUGGCAUAAAGUCAACAAAACGGAACUGUAA